CUCAACAAGAGCCCAUGGACCAAGGAAGAAGACAAGAUUGUGAUCGAGCUUUCCUGGUCAGCGCUGGCGUCGCACCUUCCCGGCCGCACGGGGAAGCAGAUUCGCGAACGAUGGCAUAAUCAGCUGGAUCCCAACGUCCGCAAAGACAGGUGGACACCGGAAGAGGAUGCUCUGCUCAUCGAAGCACACAAGCAACUGAACAACAGGCAAGUCAGCCCCGCCGUGUGGGCAGAGAUCGCAAAGCUGCUUCCUGGCCGCACGGACAAUGCUAUCAAGAACCAUUGGAACUCAACGCUGAAGCGUCAGGUCUUAAUCUGUCCUAUACCUCUCCUUGCGUGCUUGCUCGCCUGUUGA